AAACAGUCAUGUGCAUAGUUUAGCAAGGCCUGAUGCCUCUGGAGCUUUUUCCCUUUAGAGCACCAUUGAAUCCCAGUCCUAACAGAAGUACUGCGAAUCUUGUGGCCUCAUUUUGAACAAAAGGGAUUAGGGAAGAAAAAUCUCUUGAUAUAAGGCUUGAAAGCAAGGGCAGGCAAUCUUGGUUGUGAAUAUUUUCUGAUUUUUCCAGAAAUCAAGCAGAAGAUUGAGCUGCUGAUGUCAGUUAACUCUGAGAAGUCGUCCUCUUCAGAAAGGCCGGAGCCUCAGCAGAAAGCUCCCUUGGUUCCUCCACCCCCGCCCCCUCCACCGCCGCCGCCUCUGGCAGACCCUGCGCCCCCGGAGCCAGAGGAGGAGAUCCUGGGGUCAGACGAUGAGGAGCAGGAGGACCCCGCAGACUACUGCAAAGGUGGCUAUCAUCCAGUGAAAAUUGGAGACCUCUUCAAUGGCCGGUAUCAUGUUAUUAGGAAGCUAGGAUGGGGACACUUCUCUACUGUCUGGCUGUGCUGGGAUAUGCAGGGAAAAAGAUUUGUUGCAAUGAAAGUUGUAAAAAGUGCCCAGCAUUAUACAGAGACAGCCUUGGAUGAAAUAAAAUUGCUCAAAUGUGUUCGAGAAAGUGAUCCCACUGACCCAAAUAAAGACAUGGUGGUACAGCUAAUCGAUGACUUCAAAAUUUCAGGCAUGAAUGGAAUACAUGUCUGCAUGGUCUUUGAAGUGCUUGGCCACCAUCUCCUCAAGUGGAUCAUAAAAUCCAACUACCAAGGCCUCCCAGUACGUUGUGUGAAGAGCAUUAUUCGACAGGUCCUUCAGGGGUUAGACUAUCUACACAGUAAGUGCAAGAUCAUUCAUACUGACAUAAAGCCGGAAAACAUCUUGAUGUGCGUGGACGAUGCAUAUGUGAGAAGGAUGGCAGCCGAGGCCACCGAGUGGCAGAAAGCGGGCGCUCCUCCUCCUUCGGGGUCUGCAGUGAGUACUGCUCCACAGCAAAAACCUAUAGGAAAAAUAUCUAAAAACAAAAAGAAAAAACUGAAAAAGAAGCAGAAAAGGCAGGCUGAGUUAUUGGAAAAGCGCCUGCAGGAAAUAGAAGAAUUGGAGCGAGAAGCUGAAAGGAAAAUAAUAGAAGAAAACGUCACAUCAGCUGUACCUUCCAAUGAGCAAGAUGAUGAAUACCACCCAGAGGUGAAACUAAAAACAGCAGGAUUAGAGGAGGCAGCCGAGGGUGAGACUGCGAAUGACAAUGGCGAAGCUGAGGACCAGGAGGAGAAAGAAGACACUGAGAAAGAAAACACCGAGAAAGACGAAGACGAUGUUGAGCAGGAACUCGCGAACGAAGACCCUACUUGGAUGGAAUCACCCAAAACCAAUGGCCAUAUUGAGAAUGGCCCAUUCUUACUGGAACAGCAGCUGGACGAUGAAGACGAUGAUGAGGAAGAUUGCCCAAAUCCCGAGGAAUAUAACCUCGAUGAGCCAAACGCAGAAAGCGAUUACACAUAUAGCAGCUCCUACGAACAAUUCAAUGGUGAAUUGCCAAAUGGACGACAUAAAAUUCCUGAGUCCCAGUUUCCAGAGUUUUCCACAUCGUUGUUCUCUGGGCCCUUAGAACCUGUGGCUUGUGGCUCUGCACUUUCUGAGGGAUCCCCGCUUACCGAGCAUGAGGAAAGCAGUCCAUCCCAUGACAGAAGCAGGACGGUUUCAGCCUCCAGCACUGGGGAUUUGCCAAAAACAAAAACCCGGGCAGCCGACCUGUUGGUGAAUCCCCUGGACCCACGGAAUGCAGAUAAAAUUAGAGUUAAAAUUGCCGACCUGGGAAACGCUUGUUGGGUGCAUAAACACUUCACAGAAGACAUCCAGACGCGUCAGUAUAGAUCCAUAGAGGUUUUAAUAGGAGCAGGUUACAGUACCCCUGCUGACAUUUGGAGUACGGCGUGUAUGGCAUUUGAGCUGGCAACGGGAGAUUAUUUGUUUGAACCGCAUUCUGGGGAAGACUAUUCCAGAGACGAAGACCACAUAGCCCACAUCAUAGAGCUGCUAGGCAGUAUCCCAAGGCACUUUGCUCUGUCUGGAAAAUAUUCUCGGGAAUUCUUCAAUCGCAGAGGAGAGCUGCGGCACAUCACCAAGCUGAAGCCCUGGAGCCUCUUUGAUGUACUUGUGGAAAAGUAUGGUUGGCCCCAUGAAGAUGCUGCACAGUUUACAGAUUUCCUGAUCCCAAUGUUAGAAAUGGUUCCAGAAAAACGAGCCUCAGCUGGCGAAUGCCUUCGGCAUCCUUGGUUGAAUUCUUAGCAGAUUCUGCACACACGCAUUCUGAGCUGGCACAUGUUGUCCAGCGCAUUGGCCCUAAAGGGGGACUCUCGUUCUUAACAGGAUUACAAGUGAGCUGGCUUCAUCCUCAGACCUUUUAUUUUGCUUUGAGGUACUGUCGUUUGACAUUUUGCUUUUUUGUGCCCUGUGGUCCUGGGGAAGGGCAGUCUUUUGUCUUCAGCUUAGUAGUUACUGACCCACUUUACUUCUGGAAACAAUAACAUGUCUCUAAGCAUUGUUUCUUGUGUUGUGUGACAUUCAAAUGUCAAUUUUUUUUUGAACGAAAAAUACUUUCCUCCUUGUGUUUUGGCAGGUUUUGUAACUAUUUAUGAAGAAAUAUUUUAGCUGAGUACUAUAUAAUUUACAAUCUUAAGAAAUUAUCAAGUUGGAACCAAGAAAUAGCAAGGAAAUGUACAAUUUGAUCUUCUGGCAAAGGGACAUCAUUCCUGUAUUAUAGUGUAUGUAAAUGCACCCUGUAAAUGUUAAUUUCCAUUAAAUAUGGGAUGGGGACUCAAAUUUCAGAAAAGCUACCCAGUCUUGAGUGCUUUGUAGCCUAAGUUGCAUGUAAUGGACUUUAACUACUCCAAGGAGUUGCGCAAACUUUUCAUUCCGUGACAGUCCUUUUGCAUUGGAUUUUAAACAACUGGCUCUGGGUUAUAUCAUUCCCUAUAUGGCACUUUAUACAAAGAAAAGACAUGCUUCUCAUUCUAAAAUACGUAUUAUAGUUUAGCACUCCCAUUCAUAUUUUUGCAUUUUUUAAAUUAAAGGUACUUUUAAGGAAAAAGAGCAAUUUCCCUUUAAAAAUGUGGUAGCCUGAUACCAUGUGGUGUUGCCUCCUCCAAGCCCUGUAAGUUAAACUCUACAUAGAUUAAAUUGGACAAGAGAAACAUGUUCAGUGUGUGGAGUGAAAAAAUAUAUAUUUUUGGAAAAGCUUGCUCGUGUUUGUCUAGAACCAAGGUAUGAUAUGUACAAUUUGCAGUGCAGUGGGCAGAAUACUAACAUCUCAGAGGUAACAGGGAUUGCAUUCAUUCCAGAGACGGUUUCGUGUGUGGCUACAACACAUUUUACUAGCUUUUUCAUUGUCUUUCCAUGCGUUGAAGUUGAGAAAAUGAUUUUUUCCCUUUGCAGAUUGCGCACAAUUUUGUUUAUGCAUUUCCUUAAAACUGUAGAAUCCAGAACACAAACCAUAGUAGGCAAUACAAUUUUAGAAUGUAAUAUAUAGAGGUACAUUUAGCCUCUUUUAGAAAUCAGUGGAUUGAAUUUUUUUGUUUGUUUUACAUUCCUCAAGGUGCCUCGUUUUUCUUGACUUUGUCCAUUAACAUUUAUCCAUAUGCCUUUGCAAUAACUAGAUUGUGAAAAGUUAACAAGUGUUGUAACAAUAAUCCAUUGUUUGAGGUGCUUGCAGUUGUCUUAAAAAUUAAAGUGUUUUGGGUUUCUUUUCCAGA